AAAUCGAAAUUGGGCAAAAUGAGUGAAAGAUGUGGUGAUAAGGCGUAAUGUGGGAGUGUUGGGUGGAAAACGUGUCGGGAAAUGGUCGUGUCGGAGGUGAUGCAGGGCGCAGAUUUGGUACACUUCGAUUUUUUUAUUUUGACAUUUUUAAUUGCGGGCCUGUACUCGUUAUUCUGCGCAUUUUCAUUCGUCGCGGGAGGGGUAGGCGGGCACGCACUAUUUUUUAGUGCCGGCUUAUUACAGCAGAUGUCUCAUAGCCAUGUCCCAAUAAAGAAUAAGCGGCCCGUCAUUUUUUGCGCGCUUGAAUUUUUAAUAUUCGCCCGAAUGUCGUGACGUACUGACGUCGGCCCGUGACAGUGUGAUAACAAGACAGUUCGCUUUUCGUAUUUUGGCGGUCUAGUGUGCCUUGGAAGACGCUUCUGACAUCUGUGCAUCGCGACGCACAGUCGCGAAAAUGUCCAUGUGAGGAGAAAAAAUGGACGCGCCGAAAAAAAACACACUCAGAGACAUACAUGACCCCUACGAAUUUUAACAGGUGAAUAGUGAUUACGAUGGUAGAUACACAACAUUUCUGUCUGCGGUGGAACAAUUACCAAAGCAGCAUCACAUCGGCUUUCGAGAAUCUCCGGGAUGAUGAGGACUUCGUCGAUGUUACGUUGGCUUGCGAUGGAAAAAGUUUAAAGGCUCAUCGUGUUGUUUUAUCGGCUUGCAGUCCCUAUUUUCGGGAAUUACUUAAGUCUACUCCUUGUAAACACCCUGUGAUAGUCCUGCAAGAUGUUGCAUGGACGGACCUGCACGCACUCGUCGAAUUUAUCUACCAUGGCGAAGUCAACGUGCACCAGCGCUCCCUCUCGUCCUUCCUCAAGACGGCGGAAGUGCUCCGGGUCAGCGGGCUCACCCAACAGCACGGCGACGACCGCGAACAGUUGGCGCAAGUACAAAGCCUGGUGCGCUCUCAGCAAUCGACGCCGACGACGAACCACCACCACCCCAGCUUCACCGAGAAGUUAGUCGAGGACGCUUUAUUCACCUCCCCCUCAUCGCCGCCCCACGGCGCCACCGUCAACCAGCUCCUCCGUCGUGCGGCGAUGCAGCACCGUCGCGAGCGUCGGAUAUCCUCCGACCCGGAGGGCGACCACAAACGGCCCCGCUCCGACCACAUCAUCGGCAACAACAACAAUAACGAACUGAAUCUAUCGCACACGCAACCGCCUCAAACCCAGCCGGCCGAUUUCUCCCCCAGCGCGAUGAAAAACAACGCUCUUAAUCUCAACAUGAAUUCGACGACGGGGACGACGACGACGCCGACGCCGACGCCGCAAUUCAAGAGCGAGAAUGAAGCGAAUAAUGGGAUUACGAGUACGGAGAGGGAGAAUUCGCCGUGCUCGCCGUCGCCGACGCUCAAUUCGCGUCUGAAUGAGGAGAAUGUGAAGAGCGAGCCGAUGGAAUUGCUGUGUAGUACAAAUCAGGAUGAGAAUAGCAAUGAUUCGGGCGAUGUGGCGAACGACAACGGGCCUAAUAAUCUACCUCAAGGGCCGCAUUCCGGUAGUUCGGCCGGGGACCACGACGACCAUGAUAGUCCAAUCGGGCCGUAUCUCACGCCGUCGGAGAGUAAACUGUUCGCGACGGCGGCGGGAAGCUUCAAUUUCAGCAUGGCGGCGCUGGCGGCGGAUCCCACAGGACUUGGAGUUUUAUUUUUUCCAGGUUUAAAUCAGUCUCUGCAGGCGAACGCUGACAGUCUCGCAGGCACUUCACAAGGCACGGUGCGGAUGCCGCCGCCGACCUCGGGAGGCAUCAACGAGCCCCAGGAGUGCCCCUACUGCCGGCGCACCUUCUCCUGCUACUACUCGCUCAAGCGCCAUUUCCAGGAUAAGCACGAGCAGUCCGACACGCUCUACGUCUGCGAGUUCUGUCACAGGAGAUACAGAACCAAAAACUCGCUCACGACGCACAAGAGUCUGCAGCAUAGGGGCUCCAGCGGCAUGCUCAAACGUCUGCUCAAAACUACGGCCAUCAAGAGCGUGCUCGGAACGCAGCCGCCACCGCCGCGUCUCCAGUGAGCCGCCCCCGAACGACUACCGCUGGCCUAACUCGAACCACAAGUACAAAUCACCCAGAAGUAUGUAUCUUUACAGCCGUCAGAGCCACUUAUAGUUUUUAUACAAAAAAUAUCAUUAUUAUUAUAAUAAUACCUCCUCAAUCUCCCUCCCCCAUCCACCUCCCCCACGACAUAUCUACGCCAUAUCAGCGGCGACACAGCCAAAAUGCGUGCGUCAAUUGUCUCUUGUCACAUACAUGGUUCUGUGUGUACGUCUGUGUGUGUAUCGUGAUCUGCCCAAAACAUGCGAGACAUUCCCAGUGUUACUGUGAUUCAGUUACAUUCUCUUUCCSAAAACAUAAUCACAUCAAUGGCAACACCACCAAACACAAAAAUUCACCAUUUUCGCAAAACAAAUUCAAAAAUCCCGCCACCAAAAUCACCAGCUAUCGWCACGUGUUACAUUUCUAGCCAAUAAUUCUKGCAAAUAUUCUCGUUGACCAAUAGUCACGUGAUCUAAUUUUCUAGCCAAUAAGGUUUGUCGAGACUUGGACGAAAAUCUCAGGUCAAUAAAAAGGAAGGGGUUUUAAUGUAACACCACAAAAAUAGUGUUGUAGAUUUUUUACUACAAAAAUUCAUUACUUUUCCAAAUUUUUUUAGGAAAAAAUUGCAAAAAUCCUAGAGAUUUCAAAGCAGUAGCU